AUGGACCAUGGAAUGAUGAUGAAUGAAAAAUACCACCUGUGGGAUAUCAAGGAUGGCACUGUGAUGCAAGAGAUAUUAGGUCCUGACAGAAAACCAUUCAUGGAUGGGUUAAGGAGAAGGGACCUGAGAUUAGCAUGGAGUCUUUCGAUGGAUUGGUUUAACCCGCAUGGAAAUAAGACCUCUGGCAAGAAGAAAUCAAUGGGAUGUGGUUUACAAGGAUGCAUGAGCAUACUGAAGGGAGACUUUCAAGGGCGGGUGGGCCCCACUGCAAAUCAGAUGUGUGGGCUUUGCUGGCUGAACAAGUCAGAAAAUGCAAUCUUUGACUACGACAAAUGGAAACGAUGUAUGUGCGAGGAGUACUGGCCAGCUGCAAAAGAAUGGAGAAAUGCUGAAACAAAGUUGGAACGCACUAAAAUCUUUGAGUGA